AUGCAGUCUCCCCUCAGUCCCACCAGGCCCAAGAGCCCCUGGGGCCGCUUUGAUCCCUACGACUUUCCAGAGGACCAAGACAAGGAAUACGUGGGAUUUGCCACACUGCCAAACCAGGUGCACCGUAAGUCUGUCAAGAAGGGCUUUGACUUCACCCUGAUGGUAGCAGGAGAGUCUGGUCUGGGCAAGUCCACCCUGGUCAACAGCCUCUUCCUCACAGACCUCUACAAGGACAGGAAGCUACUCAACGCUGAGGAGCGGAUCACUCAGACAGUGGAGAUCACUAAACACACAGUGGACAUUGAGGAGAAGGGCGUCAAGCUGAAGCUCACCAUCGUAGACACCCCUGGCUUUGGAGACGCUGUCAAUAACACUGAAUGCUGGAAGUCAGUGGCGGACUACAUCGACCAGCAGUUUGAGCAGUACUUCAGGGACGAGAGUGGACUGAACAGGAAGAACAUCCAGGAUAACAGAGUCCACUGCUGCCUCUACUUCAUCUCUCCCUUUGGACACGGUCUGAGGCCUCUGGAUGUGGAGUUUAUGAAGGCCCUUCAUGAGAAGGUCAACAUUGUGCCCAUCCUGGCCAAGGCAGACACACUCACACCCACCGAGGUCAAGAAAAAGAAAUUCAAGAUCCGAGAGGAGAUCCAGCAGUAUGGGAUUAAGAUCUACCAGUUCCCAGACUGUGACUCUGAUGAGGAUGAGGACUUCAAACAGCAGGAUCAGGAGCUCAAGGACAGUAUACCGUUUGCGGUGAUCGGCAGCAACACUGUGGUGGAGGCCAAAGGGAAGAGGGUCCGGGGUCGUCUCUACCCCUGGGGCAUCGUGGAAGUGGAGAACUCGGCACACUGUGACUUUGUGAAGCUGAGGAACAUGUUGGUGAGGACACACAUGCAGGACCUGAAGGAUGUGACACGGGAGACCCACUAUGAGAACUACAGGGCUCACUGCAUCCAGAACAUGACCCGCAUGGUGGUGAAGGAACGCAACCGCAAGUAUGGACACACACACAGACCAAGCGGCACAGACUUCCCCAUCCCUGUGAUACCAAGUACCACAGACACCGAGACGGAGAAGCUGAUCCGAGAGAAAGAUGAAGAGUUGCGGCGAAUGCAAGAGAUGCUCACAAAGAUCCAGGAACAGAUGCACACGCAGAAGGAGGCCUAUUAA